AUGCAAGGGAAGAUAGCCCAGUUUGCUGAAUUACGAACGCGGCUUGAUGACUUCGAGAAGAGAAUAAACGAUGCGCUGACCCAACGUAUAAGCUCCGUCCUCGAAUAUGUACAAAAGUAUCGGGACGAAGUGAGCGAGCUGCAGAUCAAGCAUCAUGCUAUCUCGGAGAGAUUUACCAAAUUACAGAACGAGGAGGAGUCACUUGAGAUCGAAAGGUACACUUUCAGGAAGGAUGCGGAAGACACAAGAAACAAACUAGAGACAUACCAUAUAAGAAAGCGCCAACUGGAGUCUCAGCGGGCGGAGUUACUGCAAGAAUCAAGUGAGCUAGAUGCUAUGCUGGAGCAUAAAGAGCAGGAGAUUAGAGAACAGAAGGAGAAGAUGAUCAAACAACGACAGCGCGACAACCCGGAGCUGCAACUUUAUGAGAGGUUGCUAGGAAUGCACAUCGACGCUUCGCAGCCUGGCACACUACAUUUCAGAUUCCAGCAGUUUGACGAUAAAGACGUAGCUCGCUCGUGCGAUCUAACUUUGGACGUCUCGAGUGAAGAUUUUACAAUACUCAGAUCAAAUCCAGAGCUUGACGAUGAUGAUGCAAAGAAAAAGCUCUUGGAAUCACUGAAUAAACACGGCGAUAUAGCCACUUUUCUGGUGAACUCCCGGCAUCUCUUGAUUUCUCGUGCGUUACGUCAACAAUGA